UCGUGUAACGUGUAACUUUUCAUAGUGUAUGUAAUAUAAAAGCAAAGUUAUCAGCGACUAGUCAUUCAGUUCUUUUUGUAAUACGUUCUGAGAAAUACGAUUGUCGAUUUUUGCAAUGACAACUCGCAUCCUCAAUUACAAUAUCGGAAAAUAUAUUGUCGGUGCCUCGUCAAAAAUUUAUUGCAAUAAAUUUACGCGAUAUCGACAUUUUGCAACCGCGAUCGAAGCACCAAUUGAUUCGCAAAAUAUAGUCAGUAGUGGAUUAUCCGAUGUGACCGGUUUUGAAAAUGUUUACUUGCAUGACUUUAUUUGGGAAAAAAUUGGACGCUGGUGGAAUCACACUGCACUGGUGUGUUCGGAAACAGGUAGAUCAUAUACAUAUGCCGAAUUAAGAAAAGCAUGCGGUAGAUUAGCAACGAGUUUAAGAAAAUCUAAUCUUUUACCGGGAGAUCACAUCGCUAUUAUUUUACCAAAUAUCCCAGAGUUUAUUAUUAUAUUGCUAGCGGCAAAUGAAGCCGGCUUACGGACAACCCUAAUCAACCCUACGUACACAGAGCAUGAAAUAACAAAGCUAUUGGAUACCGCGGAUGCCCAAGCAGUUUUCACAUUUCCGGCAAAAUGUACUGUUGUCGAAAAGAGUAUUGCAAAAAAUUCGAAGAUAAAACUACCCAUUGUUAUCGUAAACGACGGCACUGGUGCUGCCUCGAUUUCAGGAACCAUCAAACUUGAUGAUCUUAUGCAUGAUAAUAUCGAAGAGUUUUCAAUCAGUCAAAAAACUGGAGUCAGUUACAAUGAUACAGUAAUCUUGCCUUGUUCCAGCGGUACGACUGGACUACCAAAAGUUGUUGAGAUAACACAUAGAAAUAUUGUUGCAAAUAUAACUCAAGGUGCGCAUCCGAUCUUCUUUCCCGGAGAAGAAACGACUGAACACCAUCAAGACAUUAUACCGGUGAUAUUGCCAUUAUUUCAUGUUGCUGGAUUAAUAAUAUCUACAUAUACUUACUUGCGAAUAGGCGCUAAGCUGGUGUUAAUGCCGCACUUCACUUCUGAGAAAUUCAUCAAAUUACUUGAAAAUCAUCGGUUUACAGUAAUAUAUACUGUACCACCGAUUGUACAAAUGAUGGCGAACAACGAGCGAUUUACACCACGUCACAUUUCAUCUGUAAGAAUGUUGGGUGUAGGAGCUGCACCUAUUGGCGAAGAAUCCAUUGCACAAUUUAGAAGUCGCAUCAGUGAUACGAUACCUAUUGUACAAUUAUACGGAGCAACAGAGCUAUCCCCGCUCUGCACACAUGGUACUACGAAUGUAACUUCAUUAUCAUGCGGUCAUUUGCUUCCAAAUACUCAAUUGAAAAUCGUGGGUACGGAAGACACUAAUCUUAACAAGAAUUUAGGUCCCAAAGAAAUAGGCGAAAUAUGCAUACGAGGUCCGCAAGUAAUGAAAGGAUAUUAUAAUAAUCCAAAAGCCACAACGGAGACCAUGGAUGGAGAUUGGUACAAGAGUGGCGAUUUGGGAUAUUUCACAGAAAAUGGCCUUCUGUAUGUAACUGGGCGAUUAAAAGAAAUGAUAAAGGUGAAAGGAUUUCAAGUUAUACCCACCGAGUUGGAAGAAGUGAUUCGCGGUUGCGAUAAGAUAUUGGACGUAGCGGUUAUUGGUGUACCUCACGACAAAUAUGGUGAAAUUCCGAAAGCUUUUGUUGUUCCUAAGCCAGGGCAGAAAGUCAAUGAGGAUGAAAUAAAAAAAUUUGUCGCCGAACGAGUAUCCAAAAUCAAACAUUUAGGAUAUGUACAAAUUCUGGAAAGUAUUCCGAAAAAUCCGUCCGGAAAAAUUCUUCGAAAAGAGCUUAAAAAAUUGUAAUAUACUUCUCCGAAUGUGGAAUUCCAUAUUCAUAUUGAUAAUGAGGUUUAUAAAAAUUAUUCUUUGGAUUUGUUGGGACUAUCUUGUAAGGAUCCUUCUGUUUCCAAAAGAGCGCUUGUAAUUCCUGCUUUCUUCAAUUCCUC